AUGGUGCGCAAAGCGACAUUGUGCCUACUGUUGGUGAUAGGCUGUGUGGUGCUGGUGGCACAGGCCAGACCGCACGGCAAGGAGUGGAAGCACGGUGGUGGCAAGGAUCAUCACUCGGAGGAGCAUUCGUCGCACGGUGAAAAGGGCGAAAAGGGGUACAAGAAGAAGGAGGAACACGACGAGGGCAAGAAGGGCCACCAUGAUAAGGAGGGCCACAAGAAGGAGUACCACGACGAGGGAGGACACAAGAAGAAGCACCACGACGAAGGUGGUUAUCACCACGAAAGCAAGAAGGGCGAGAAGGGCGAAAAGGGGCACAAGUUCGAGGAGAGCGGUCACUUCAAGAAGGGACACUCGACCAAGGGUCAUCACGAGAUCCACAAGAAGGAUGAGUUUAAGAAGGAGAAAAAGUUCUUCGACGAGGAUCACGACGAAGGGUUCGAUGAGAAGCAUGGCGAUUUCCACGAGGAGCAUGGAUACAAGAAGGGCGGCUCGGAGAAGGGCGGCCACAAGAAGGCCGGCAAGCACCAUGACCAUUACGGCAAGAAGGGCCACAAGAAGAAGGGUUCGCACCAUCACGACCACAAGGGCCACAAGGAGGAGCAUGGCCACGAUAAGCACUGGAGCCACAAGGAAGACUUUGGCAAGAAGGGCGGCAAGGAUCAUCACAAGAAGUGGGGCCACAAGAAGGGGGGCCACUGA